AAUAAAAAAAACGCCAGUCGAAAAGACGCCAUUUUCUGUGGAAAUUUAUUCUGUUGUGCCAAUACUGAUCAUCAAAGUUUUUAUUUAUUGAAUUUUUGAUUUAAGUAAUGUCUCAAAGAUUUACCUCGGCUGCGACCGGGCAGGCUUCGGUUCCAGGGCAACCUAGAUACCAGCCGCCACCGCCCCAAUCUCCUGGAAUGCGACCAUACACCAGUGGUGGCAGUUUUCCGCAGCGAGGAUUUUCCUUGCACCAGAAUUCAUCCCCUUCUGUCGGAAAUACACCAUCUUCGAGUGGACCGUCAAUGCACCAACGUACCCCCCAACCCGGUUUUCAAAGUGGUCUUAGGGGAAGUGGUUCCAGCACCAGCGGAAAACGAACUCAGGAAUCCCGAAGCCUUAACCAAACUCCGGGCAAAGGUGAUUACACAGCUGUAAAAAAGAAAAAAAAGCUCUCAGACAAAAUUCUGCCCCAAAAGGUAAGGGACUUAGUUCCGGAAUCCCAAGCCUACAUGGACCUCUUGACAUUUGAGAGAAAGUUAGAUGCAACCAUAAUGCGAAAAAGAUUGGACAUUCAAGAAGCACUCAAACGUCCCAUGAAACAGAAACGUAAACUGCGUAUAUUCAUAUCUAACACAUUCUAUCCUAGUAAAGAACCAACAGGAGAUGGUGAAGAAGGAGCUGUUGCUUCUUGGGAGUUGAGAGUGGAAGGGAGGUUACUUGAAGAUAACAAAGGAGAUCCGACUACUAAAAUCAAGAGAAAGUUUUCGUCCUUCUUUAAGUCCCUGGUCAUUGAAUUAGACAAAGAACUUUAUGGACCUGACAACCAUCUAGUAGAGUGGCACCGUACACACACAACUCAAGAGACCGAUGGAUUUCAAGUGAAACGACCGGGUGACAGGAACGUUCGUUGUACAAUUUUGCUCUUACUUGACUAUCAACCGUUGCAAUUUAAACUGGAUCCCAGAUUAGCUCGUUUGCUUGGUGUUCACACGCAGACCCGUCCAGUAAUCAUUUCUGCUCUUUGGCAAUAUAUCAAAACGCACAAACUACAGGAUGCGCAUGAGCGGGAAUACAUAAAUUGCGACAAAUACCUUGAGCAGAUUUUUAAUUGUCCACGAAUGAAGUUUGCUGAAAUUCCACAACGACUUAAUCCGCUACUGCAUCCACCAGACCCCAUUGUCAUAAACCACUUUAUUGAAAGUGGAGCGGAAAACAAACAGACAGCUUGUUACGAUAUUGACGUUGAAGUUGACGACACCCUGAAAAAUCAGAUGAACAAUUUUUUGGUCAGCACAGCCAGCCAGCAGGAAAUUCAGGGUUUGGAUUCCAAAAUUCACGAAACCGUCGAUACGAUAAACCAGUUGAAAACUAACAGAGAGUUCUUUUUGAGUUUCGCAAAAGAUCCUCAGUCAUUUAUACAUCGUUGGAUUGUGAGUCAGACAAGGGAUCUUAAGUCUAUGACAGAUGUUGUUGGAAAUCCGGAAGAGGAGCGUCGUGCUGAGUUCUAUUACCAACCUUGGACACACGAGGCAGUCUCGCGAUAUUUUUUCACUAAAGUAAACCAGAAACGCGCGGAACUAGAACAAGCUUUAGGCAUUCGUAAUUCGUAAUGCUUUUAAUUGUUCCUCUUCUUUCUUAAUAAUUUAAAUUUUGAAGUCGAUAGUAAAAAGAACAAUUAUUUAAAUAAAAAUUUCUGAUAUGAAAGAAAAA